AAGAAGUGCAUCUGGUCCAACAUGGAUUUCCAUGACCUCUAUGGUUUGGUUUUAAUUUGGGCUUUCCCUGUGUGCUGCGUUUCUCAAAAUGAUGACACCUCUUUUCCUUUUGUGGAGCCCAAGAGCUGUAGCCUGACUGAAUUCUUUAACUCUGCAUCUCUUCAGUGUAAUGCUUGUGGGCCAAAUCAAAGCAGAAGUCCCAGUGGUCUGCAGUGUGUCUGUAAUCCUGGGUUUACUGUGAGAGAUCUGGGAUCACCUGCAGUGCAGUGUUCUUUCUGUACUGGUGUAGUGUCUCUUGACCGGAGAAGAUGUCUGCAGUGUAUAGACGGAAAUGAAAACUGUUCUUGUAGAGCAGGACAAACUCAGGUUAACAAUCUGGUAAAUGAUACUGUUUCAUGUGUGACAUGUCCUGUGACCACAGUAGGACGCUCGACAGGAUCUACAUGUGUACUUUGUCAGGAGACGUUCUAUGCUGUGGCACAAUCGUGCACUUGCCCCGGAGGAAACCUGGCAGGAGGCCUGUGCUUUAACGAUACUCAGAGUGCUGAUGUGGGGGGCAUUAAGCUACCAAACUCCUUUUGGUAUACUACAUACCUUGAUUCAAGUUUCUUAUCGUGCACAAUUUACAACAAUCUAACUGCAUGCCAGCUUCUGACCAACAUGGUGAUACUGAACCCAGAAUUACUGAACUUUAAAGCAUAUAUUUUGUAUGAGAAGGCUGCAUCAUUGCCUGUACCUCCCCCGUACCUACCCCAGCUGUUUUACAGCAGUGAUCCUGCGGUGUCACUGGGACAGAGAGCUCCUCAGGGACUGGUCUUCCAAAGGAACACUAAGAUCAGUUUCAAGAUUGCACGGUAUGACGCCAGUGGCCACUUUCUAGGCUGGCAAGAUGUAACUGGGGGGACUCUGCAGCUUUGCCCUGACACUCAGAAAAGAUUGGAUGCAGCCUAUCAGUUUGGUACUACCUACCAGCAGUCUUGCUCAGUGCAGGUGAGCGAGCUCCUGCUGCGGUUUCCUGAGCCCCUCUUCUAUGAGCUCUUCCUCCAGUACCAGGACAGCCAGGGGGUGCAGCGGGUGUGGCCCGUUCCUGUCAGAAACCUCAACCUGGAAAGGAACAGUCCAGGUGGCUCCAGAGACCUGCGCAGGUUCUUCCUGGUGGAUGGGCUGGCCGGAAGACCACAGAGCCUGACUGAGCAGCCACAGUAUGUCACCUACCUCAGCAGUCUGGUUCUGAGCGUAUAUCUGCCGACUAGCAACCCAGGUCAAAUUCCUCCCUUCCAGCUGGCUGUGGAGUACAGCAGAGUCAGUGAUGCAACAAACUCUCCAGCUCAGAUAUUGUUUGCUGUGACUUACAGCAUGAAUGAAGCCAGCAUGAAAAGAAGUACCACAGUGGCUCUGGGGGUGCUGGGGUCCAUAUCGGUGUUCCUGGCCCUGCUGGAGACCAGCAGCUGGAGCCGCAGGGCAGGGGAGCAAUACAUCACCAUGACUACUGUUGUCAAAUUUAUUGCCUUUCUGAUUGGGAAUCUGGCAAAUACUUUCUUCUUAGUAACUUUUGGGACCGGCAUAUACUGGCUGAUUGCUUUCAAGGGACAACGUGGUACAGUUGGCGUGGCACUGCCCUCUGCUGGUGGGAUGGUGGAAACAGAUUUUAUUAUCUACCUGUCUUUAGCGUUUGCCUUUAAAGCUCUUCAGCUGAUUCAUGUCUUGGUUGUCCAGGUGACCAUCUCCAUCUUUUUCAUAGACUGGGAGAAACCGGCCCAUACAGGACAAACAGCAGGGAGGAAGCAAAGUCAAGCCCCAUCCGUCAGUGCCUGGAGAACCUUCUUUGUGGCGAAUGAGUGGAAUGAAAUCCAGGUUGUGAGGAAACUCAGUCCUUUACUGCAGCUCUUUGCAGUUCUGCUGGUACUUCAGGUUAUUGGGGUUGAGAACAUAGCAGCCAGAGACCUGAACCUGGACUUGCAGCCUGGAGCCACCAAUUAUCAGGCUCCCUGGAGCCCCAUCCUGCAAUAUGGAAUUACUGCUGCUGUGUGGCUGGGAGUCGGCUUGGUUCAAGUCCUGUUUUUCGUUGUUAUCUACGAGCACUUUGUGGAAGACAAAAUUCGUCAGUUUGUUGACCUGUGUGCGGUGAGCAAUGUGUCUGUGUUCAUUCUCAUGCACCGCUGCUACGGCUUCUACAUCCACGGUCGCUCGGUACACGGGCGCGCCGACAUCGGUAUCGAAGCCAUGCACGCCAACCUCAGGAGGGAGGAGGAAAAUCUAUGUGCUUUACGGGGCUUGGAAGCCAAUUCAGAUGUUCAAACUUUUGAGUUCCUCCUAACAGAGAAAGUCAGGUACCAACUGGACAGGAUUAUACUGCCACUCACUGAGGCUGCAGGUGCAAGACUGCGCAGUGCAGCUGAGGGAACGCUUGUGCAGACCAUGAAGGCCUACCACAACAUGAACUGGUUUCUGUCUUCCUUCUUCGAACAUGUCCAUAAAGACAUGGAUUAUAUAGUGAAGGACAAACUGUUUUUGGAGAAGAUAAUGAACUAUGAGUUUCAGCAGCCUGUUGAGAAGAGCAUCUUUUAUAAUGAUCCUGAUGGCAUUGUCUUCAGCAAGGUCCUGUAUUACAGCAGUGAAUUAAUUCUCCUGCUCUUUGACACUUUGCUGUUUUGCAUUAUCAGUCUUGGGUCUCAGAAUGCAGUAUUGGCUGCAAUCCUCACAUAUGUUAUACAGCAGGUUUUGGAGUUCCUUCGUUAUUACAUUUCCCGGCGGAAUUUGUCCAGUAAGACUCUGGUGGAUCAGCGCUUUCUCAUCUGAGAUGGUUCUGCCUGACAUGAUGGACACUGUUGUCUCAACAGCAAACAGCCACCCAGAGGAAUGAUCUGAUCAGCAAUGGAAGACAGAUGGUGAAGGAGGUGUCUUUUGUCUCUAAAAUGCCCCAGUGUGACUUUGUCCUUUUUUUAAAUUGAUGGAUGAGUUUUUGAAAAUAUUGUUAAUUUUUAU